ACACUAUGGCCUAUAUAAUCCAAAGACUUGGUUAUUAUAAGAAUAGACUAUUAUGUAAUUGUAUUAGUCAUGUAGCCUGGAAGGUAACAAUAUGUUUCUGUGCUGUCAUGUCGAUGGACGCCAAGCUGAGAGGACAAACUCUGACAGCUUGUGUCCCCUGGGAAGGAUUCUCUGCUAUUCCUUGUACGAAUAUGGUCACAGCGGUUUAAAUGUCUGCAGCCCGAGCUGUUGUGGCAGAUGUACGAGGGAUGAACAGAGCUCAGGCUGUGUUGUGUGUAUGACAAACUGCCCGACCCUCAUUGUGACUGUAGGACUUCCAGCCCGAGGGAAGACUUACAUUUCGAAGAAGCUCACUCGCUACUUAAAUUGGAUAGGUGUGCCAACCAAAGAGUUCAAUGUCGGCCAGUAUCGGAGGGAGUGUCUGAAGAUCUAUAAGUCCUUUGAGUUUUUCCGUCCAGAUAAUGAAGAAGGCUUAAAAAUCAGACGUCAGUGCGCGAUGGCAGCACUGAAUGAUGUUCGGGAAUACCUGAGUGUCGAAGGAGGACAGGUGGCGGUCUUUGAUGCCACAAAUACAACAAGAGAAAGAAGAGGGACCAUCGUCAAGUUCGCUGAGCAGAAUGGUUUCAAGGUGUUUUUUGUGGAGUCUGUGUGUGAGGACCCAGAUGUCAUUGCGCAAAAUAUUGUGCAAGUGAAGCUGGGCAGCCCAGACUACAUUCACUGCAACACAGAGGAGGCCAUUGAGGACUUCAUGAAGAGAAUCAAGUGUUACGAGUCCUCCUACCAGCCUCUGGAUGAGGUUCUGGACAGGGACCUGUCCUACAUAAAGAUCAUGGACGUGGGCCGUCGUUACCUGGUGAACCGUGUUCUUGACCACAUUCAAAGCCGAAUUGUCUACUACCUGAUGAACAUCCACAUUACACCGCGCUCCAUCUACCUUUGUCGCCACGGUGAGAGCGACCUCAACAUCAAGGGACGCAUCGGAGGAGACUCUGGCUUGUCUGCCAGAGGAAAAGAGUUUGGCAGGGGUCUGAGGAAGUUCAUCCAGGACCAGAACAUCAAAGAUCUGAAGGUGUGGACCAGCCAGAUGAAGAGAACAAUCCAGACAGCGGAGUGCCUGGGAGCGCCAUACGAACAGUGGAAGUCUCUCAACGAAAUAGACGCUGGUGUGUGUGAGGAAAUGAUGUAUGAGGAGAUUCAGGAGCAUUACCCUCUGGAGUUUGCACUGAGAGAUCAAGACAAAUACCGCUACCGCUAUCCUAAAGGAGAGUCAUAUGAAGACCUGGUGCAGCGACUGGAGCCUGUGAUCAUGGAGCUGGAGAGGCAGGAGAACAUUCUAGUCAUUUGUCACCAAGCUGUGAUGCGCUGCCUUCUUGCAUAUUUCCUGGACAAGACUGCAGACGAGUUGCCUUAUCUUAAGUGCCCUUUGCACACUGUGCUAAAGUUGACCCCCAUGGCUUACGGAUGUAAAGUGGAGUCUGUGUAUUUAGGCGUGGACGCUGUCAACACACACAGAGACAGACCAGAGGUAGGUAUCCGAGGCAGCACAAAGAAAUGUUUGUCAGCAGACGAUGUAGACAACUUGAAUCCACUUCAGGGGUGAUUCACAUCACUGGGUUUUCAAGACAACCUCAUCUGUGACCUACGAUUCAGUCAGGAGAACAUCUCCCAGAAAACGCUAUGCGUAGAAGCCAUGUGAGACUUUGUAUCAUGAUUUCUGGAGGGGCGCGUUAUGUCUACCAUACUAUAUGAUCUGCAUCUCCCUCCUGGAACACGCCUAGCAGUCAUUGCUGAUCCAACCCUUUCGUCUUAUCGCACAAAGAAUACAUAUCUUUCACACAGAGGAAGCCGCGUUCAGUCUCCGUCCACCAGUGAUCCCUGAGGGCAACCAAGACAACUGUGACAUCACUUAACAUUGACACUCCUACCUCCAUUGUGACCUUUUCUCUAGUUUCAUUUUUAUCUCUAAGUGGGAUCAGAAAUGCUGUUUUGUUUUUGUUUUUUUUUUUUUUACGUUGUUUUUUUUUUUUCAUCUUUGUAGAAGCUACGUAACUGGAAUCCAGUUUCAGGAUAAAUCACUCAGCUUUGUGUGUGUGUGUGUGUGUGUGUGUGUGUGUGUGUGUGUGUGUGUGAAUGCCCCUAAGCGACAUAAACAACAGUAUGUGGGCGUGUGUGUGUGAACACUUGUAUGUCUCUCUUUGUGAGGAAUUGUUUGACUUUUAGAUUUUGGGAGCAUUGUGAGGACAUUUCAGGUGAUCCUCGCUACUUUAAAGGACUGUUUGAAGACUCAGACUUGGUGUUAAGGUUAGGGGCUAGGGAAUGCAUUAUGUCAAAGUGAAGGGCAACUGUUUGUGUGUGUGUGUGUGUGUGUGUGUGUGUGUGUGUUAGGUGGAACAAUUACUAUGAAUGAGAACAUAAAAACAAGCACAUUACAUUUUUAUUGUUUUAAAAUAUGCCUUUACAAACCAUCUAAAAUUUAACAUUAUGCAUUUUUUUUAAGUAUGAGCACAUCCCCGAUUGUGUUUUGUAUUAACAUGAAGCCAUUUCCAUGUUUGCUAUAUAACCUAGCUCUUUUGUAUACAUGUGUGUAGAAGAGACAAAUGUGACAAACGCAGUUUAUCUCGACAUUAAUUUUUGUUGCAUAUAAAAUUACGCACUAUAUCAUUUUCAUUACAGUAAUAUUUUUGUUUAAAGAUAACCUGUAUCUCAAUGUAAACACUUGUUUUCUGUUUAAAUGUGAAGGGUAAUUUGCAAUUCCUACCAAACUCCUGUCUAGAUCCACACUAGAAUCAAGAUGUACACCAUUUACCGUGAAAUCAUCAGUGAUAGUGUUAACCGGUUGUUGGCUACAACACAUGCUUAAAUUAUUCAAUCAAAUGUAACAUUUUUUUUUCAUGUUUUUGUGUUUGUCAAGGUUUACGUAUUGUAAAUAUAAAUGUCCAAAUUGGAAAAAAAGAAACACUCUCUUUCUCCUUUUACUUUUUCCUGGUGAACAACAGUAUAAGUGUGUUCUGUCAAAGAUGCAUUGCAGACAAUGACUGUGUGUCUGGAAAGUGUACACAUUCACAGAACACAUUUCAGUAUGGGUCGAGUAGGACAUUAAAUGAUUUGUCCCAGUAAAGCUUUAAAGGGUAGGUUCGGAAUUUUUUGGAGUGUUUUAAAACAACAGUCAGGCACCCAUGUGAACACUGGAACAAAAGCUGGAGUUUAUGAAUAGCAUUUGUGGGUGCGACUAAGAUUUUUUUUAAGUAAUAGAGAACAUUUAA